AUGGCUCCUCAAGCCAAGUCCGCCGACGCGCGACGCAAGUCCAGUGCAAAGCCCACGCUGCUCGUCACUCUCAAGGUGUCGCCUGACAAGCUUCGCGACCUCGUCGAUUCCAAGCCCGCCAAGGAAGACUCUCCCGUCAAGUCUGAAAAGGAAAACAUCAACUCGCCCGCCGCCGACACCGUUUCUGUCACUGGCUCGCAACCUCCUGCCAGCAACUCGAACGGCGAUAAUGCUUCAGAUUCGAAUGCUGCUACACCUGCUGCCGAUGCAACUCCUGCCGAUGGAACUCCAGCUCCUUCAGCCAUGGGCCCUCCCGUCGAAGGACCCAAGAAGAAGGGUGUCAAGCGAUCGGCUGCCAAUGCCAACGGAAUAGAUGGCGUUCCCAAGCCACGAGGAAAGCCGGGUCCCAAGAAGAAGCCUCGUUUGGAGGACGGGACAAUCGACCACUCAAGCACGGCCAAUCGACCGGCUGGAGGCCACAAGCUGGGCCCCAAGGCGAACCAAGGUGCUAUCAAUGCCGGCCUUCGCGCCCUCGACCGGUCUGGCAAGCCGUGUCGCAAGUGGAACAAGGGCGGCUUCACGCUCAAGAGCUUUACUGGCGUCGUCUGGGAAAUCCCACGCUGGACGGCACCCCCAAAGAAGGGUCCCGAGUCCAGCACUGAGGAUUCUGCUACCGUCUCAGCUGAAGGUAGCAGCAAGGAGAACAAGGUCAACGGCCAAGAGGGCAACAGCGCCAGCGCCAGCAACAGUGGUGUCGACGUCGAGAUGCGCAGUGCAUCCAGCGUCCACGGCGCAUCACCAGCACCGGUGCCUAUUGCCGCUGCCUCAUAG